UCAGCUGAUGUGAUCUGUCAAAAUAAUCAACGCGCUGUCUCUAUCAGUGAAGAAUCGCACAAGUGGAUUUAUAUUGUUUUAAUAAAAAGUUUUCCCUUUUUUGUUGCAAAAAUUUACAAUUUUUGUAUAACUAAACUCGUAUAGUCUCUGUGUAGUAUAGAAAAUUGUAAAUUUCUAAGCUAGCGAAUAUUAGGUUGCCUGUAAAAACACCCGGAUACAAUCGCGCAACAACUCUGCCAAGAGCUAAAUUAGUGCGUCUGCCACUUCGCUUAACUUGCAAAGUUUUGGAAAAUUAAAACGGCUCCUGGCUCUUGCUUAGUAAAACGGCUUGCAACUCGAAAGUAUAAAUUUCAUUGUGAAACCAGUGCAACUCUCACGUAUUAACCUGCUAAUAGACUGUUAAAGGUUUGAGUUUUGAGGUUUGUUCGCAGUGAUAUUGAAGAAAAAGACUAACAACAACAACAACAACAACAAAAAACCGAUAUGGAUAACAACGAGGACUCCGUUGAAUGCCCACUAUGCAUGGAACCUCUUGAGGUCGAUGAUUUGAAGUUCUUUCCGUGCACGUGCGGCUAUCAAAUAUGCCGAUUCUGUUGGCAUAGAAUACGCACGGAUGAAAAUAAAUUGUGUCCGGCUUGUCGGAAGGAGUAUACGGAAAAUCCUGCGGACUUUACGCCACUAACUCAAGAGCAAAUUUUGGCUUUCAAGUCGCAGAAGAAGCAACGCGAUCAAAAGCGCAAGCAAAAGGUACGCGUUACUGAGAACCGCAAGCAUUUGUCGAAUGUGCGAGUGGUGCAAAAGAAUUUAGUAUUUGUUGUCGGUUUGCCGCCACGAUUGGCCGACGCUGAGGUACUCAAGAAGCAUGAGUAUUUCGGGAAAUAUGGCAAGAUACAUAAAGUUGUGAUAAAUCCCAGCACCGCCUAUGCCGGUGUACAGGGGCCAUCCGCCUCGGCGUAUGUGACUUAUGUAAAUAACAAUGACGCUUUGAGAGCUAUACAAAGUGUCAAUACACGUAACAUAAUUAUAGAUGGCAGACUUAUCAAAACCAGUUUGGGUACCACAAAGUAUUGCAGUCACUUUAUGAAGAAUCAAGUGUGUCCCAAGGGCGAUUGUAUGUAUCUACAUGAGUUGGGCGACCCAGAGGCUAGCUUUACGAAGGAGGAAAUGCAUCAGGGUAAACAUCAAGAAUAUGAGAAACGAUUACAUGACGCAUUGGUAGUGAGUUCCAACAGUGCUGGCUCGGGUGGUUCAAAUGAAGCAAAUCCAACGAAUGGCAAUGUAGGCGCUACUGUUUGGGGCAGCAGCGGCGAUGAGAAAAAUCAUGGCAGUGCGAGUAAAAAUAGUAACACAAAUAAAACAAAUUCCAGUACACAGUCUCCGACCACGAAUUCGUCUGCGCUGCCUUCAUCACCUUCGUUAUUAGUAACAUCUAAUGGGUCUUCGGUGGAAACAACAACAACAACAGAUUCGUGUCCUACAUUAUCUGUUUCACCCGUAAGUAAAGACAGCUCCGGUGAAGUAAAGAACAAAAAAGAGAGAAGUAGACACGAAAAGAAUAAAAAUGACAAAAGUACUAAAUCGAAAAAUAAAAACAGUUCAAAUGAUGCAAGCAAAAGUUACAGUGGCAAUGCACAGCGAGAGAAUAGUAGUAAUAAUAGCGAUGUCAAAGAUGGCUCAGAUACGUCUGCCGAUGGAACUGCAUCCAUGUUUGCCAGUCCCGUUCAAGAUCGUAAUCUUACACCUAACAGUAGCAAUACUAGCAUAACAAAGGGUAAAAUAAAUAAGCCAAAAGCUUCGAAAAAAGCUGUCGAUGAGCAUGACAGCAAACAAAUAGAUGAGAGCGAGAAGAUUUUUGGCGAGAACGAGAACGAGAACGGGAACGAGAACGAGAACGAAAGCGAUAAUGUAGUUAGUAAUAAUAGUAAUUCAAUUUUAUCGGCGGAGCUUUUUGAAAGUCCUGAACUAACAGUAAACGAAUCAACUGAUAGUAAGGAAAAUGAAAGUAGCGAAAUAGAUGAUUUGCUGGCGGAUAAAUCGUUCGAAGAUUCGAUUUUGAAGAGCGAAGAUAAUGAAAUUCAGAUCGACCCGAAACCAGCAAUUCCACAACUCAAUCUCUUCGAUAACAAAUUAUCGCCUCUCUUCUCUCCUGGACCAUCACUACAUAACUCGUUGAAUUCGGAGGAUAAGAUUGGAGACUUGUCAAACCAAUUGAAUAAUGUAAAAAUAUCACCGUUGCCAGAUCUUUUGAAAGGUAUUGAAGAGCAACAGUUCCAGCAUGUCCAUCCUUAUCAGCAAAAGGAACUGGCACGAUUUCUCGAAUUACACAAGCAAAAUAGUUUAUUUGGCAAUUUGAAUUUAUUGCAAAACAAUGUUCCACCAAGUGGUUUACAGAAUCAUUUUGGCGGUCUGGCCGAGGUGGGACAAUCGCCACUAACAACAUUAGAGCAUGCAUCAGAACUACUUAUGAGCCAAAAUCUCUAUGGCAUUAACAUGUCGAAAUUCUUUGAUUUUCAUAAGAAUCAACAAUUACAGUUACAGCAACAUAUUGUUGGCAAUGAGCCGUCUAUUGGCAAUGGUGGUAAUACUAUUUUAGAAAAUACCUCGAAUCCUUAUCCCUUUAUGCAACACUCGGCCUUAUCGAAUUUGCAACAGCAACAGCAACAGCAACAGCAGCAGCAGCAACAGCAACAACAACAGCAGCAACAGCAGCAACAACAACAACAACAACAACAACAACACCAUCAGUUACAACAGCAGAAGCAUAGAAAUCAGUUGGACUCGAUGUUGGGUAUGCAACACCUCAAUCCUACCAUGCAACCUCCACCACAGCAGCAACAACAACAACAACAACAGCAACAACAACAACAACAACAACAACAACAACAACAACAACAUCCUUUGCUUCAAAAUCAACAUGGUCGCAUGCAAAAUGAAUUUUCAGCAAAUACGUUUGUUGAUGAUGAUCUAGGCUUUGAUCCAUUCACAGAAACUCAAAAGGGCUUGGCAGAGCUUAUGGAGAAUGAAAUAAUUAAACCGCAACACCCCAAACCCAUUACCAGCAAUGCUAUGCGUAUGGCGGCUGAAGCCAAUAUGAUGCAUCAACAUCCACACACCAUCGAUCAUAUGCAACGUGCGCGUAUGCCGCCACCGGGUUUCAAUCACAUGAAUACAUUUGGUUUGAAUCCACCUCGGGAACACAACACUAGCAAAAUGAUGCCAUUCUUAAAUAUGGGCGGCAAUAGAGGACAUGCAAAUGAUAUUCAACAUUUGUCUGCUUUCAACGCAUGGGAUACACAUUUACAAUCGCCACGACAUCAGUUACCGAAUUUCAAUGAUAUUCAAGCUCAUCAAAUGAGUCAAAACAAUCGCAAUGCUGGCAAUUUGGGCAAUGAUUGGACGGCCAUGGAUCCAGCAAUACUAUCUUUCCGUCAAUUUCCGUCGUGUCCUCAACCAUCGCAAAUGCUACACCAUCAUCAGCAAAAGGAAUUAUUUCCUUCACAUUUGACACAGCAACAGCAACAGCAACAGCAACAAAACACGUUCGGCAAUCAGGCUCACGCCGGUGCAAAUAUGCUUUUGCCCAAUAAUCAAAUGAGUUCGCAAUCUGUCGCUCAGGCACAGGUGAAUGCUAAUGUUCAAGGAAUGUUGGAAUACCUUAAAAAUAAUCAAUUAUUCUAAGCGAAGGGAAAAUAUUACGAAAUUAUAAAACUAUUGCUUUUAAACAAUAAAACUAUCGCUUGCUUAUCUUUUGUUGGUUUAAUAGAAA